AUGCCUGGUCAAAAGGUUGAAACGGGUCAUCAAGACACGGUUCAUGAUGUUGCAAUGGAUCAUUAUGGUAAACGGUUGGCUACAGCUUCUUCGGAUCAUACGAUUAAGAUAAUUGGAGUGAGUAACUCGGCGUCACAGCAUUUAGCAACUCUUACUGGUCAUCAAGGACCUGUUUGGCAGGUAACAUGGGCUCACCCGAAAUUUGGUUCUUUACUUGCCUCGUGCUCUUUUGAUGGGCGAGUAAUUGUAUGGAAGGAAGGUAACCAAAACGAAUGGAUCCAAGCUCAUGUAUUUGAUGAGCAUAAGUCGUCUGUGAACUCGGUUGCUUGGGCGCCGCAUGAGUUGGGUCUUUGUUUGGCUUGUGGUUCGUCGGAUGGGAAUAUUUCGGUUUUCACUGCACGAGCAGAUGGUGGUUGGGACAGUUCAAGGAUUGACCAAGCUCACCCUGUUGGUGUCACUUCUGUGUCGUGGGCUCCUUCCACGGCACCUGGUGCUCUUGUAGGUUCUGGCUUGCUUGAUCCUGUACAGAAGCUUUGUUCCGGUGGUUGUGAUAGUACCGUGAAGGUGUGGAAGCUUAACGACGGGCAUUGGAAGCUGGACUGCUUCCCUGCUCUUCAGAAGCAUACUGAUUGGGUUCGAGAUGUAGCUUGGGCACCGAAUUUGGGACUUCCAAAGUCUACUAUUGCAAGUGCUUCUCAGGAUGGAAAGGUUAUUAUAUGGACUGUGGCCAAGGAGGGGGAUCAAUGGGAUGGAAAGAUUUUGAACGAUUUCAAUACCCCUGUUUGGAGAGUUUCGUGGUCAUUGACUGGAAAUAUAUUGGCUGUGGCUGAUGGGGGCAAUAAUGUUACAUUAUGGAAGGAAGCAGUAGAUGGAGAUUGGCAACAGGUGACAACUGUGGAACCAUAG